ACUAUAUUGAGUAUAUUUAAACAAUGAUAUUACUAAAUUUUACAUUUAAUAUUGUUUUGGUGAAUACAGCCUAAAUGAUAACGUAAUUCAUAUUAUUGAAUGUCAAUAAUAACAGUAUAUACCUACCUAUUAUCUAGUAAUAAAAUAAAAAUAAAACCAAAAUUGUAUUUAUCUUCCUCAUUGACAGAAACCACUCUUGAGACUAUUAAAAAUCUAUUUUCAUCAUAUUUUUCAUGAAAUUUUGAGAAGAGGUUUGAACCCCUAAAACCCCCCCCUUGUACACGCGUCUGUGAUACACGUAGGUAAUUGCUAUCUAGUGUUAAAUCUAUUAUUAUUGGAUGCUCUUUCUUUGAAAAAGAUUACUCCUUUAAUUUUUGUUAUAGGCAAUAAAGUUUACAUGACACCAAGACGUUUAUUUCUUAUCAAAAUAGUUCCCUAAUCUCAUGUUCAUCAAUUUGGAUAAAUUCAAAAUAUCUAUAGAUAAGUUAGGUAAUUUUCUAGAAUAUUACUUCCAUGUACCCAUUGGUUCUUACUUUUUAAUUAUUCUUUUACUAUUCCAUAUUUCCAUUUAUAUUAUACAUUUUAUACAUUAUUAUUAUAAAUGGCAUCAAACAAAAAUCCCAUAGAAUGUAUUUUUAUUUGUCAUUUUCAUCAUACUGCUGGACCAAGAAUAUUGUGUCAAGUAAAUAUUUAUAUUAUAUUAUUUUUUUUAUUAGUUCCUAAUUAAAAAGUAUCAUUUUACAUUGUCAAGUUUAAACAUUUAAGAAUUUAAAGAUUGUAAAUUGUUAACAACAUUUAUAUUUUAUUUAAUCUAGUCUUGUUAAAAAUAAAAGUAGUGCUAUAUCUGUACCUAUGUUGUGUGUAUUAUAUUUUAUACAUUUUAUAAAUGUUUAGCCUCAGCCAUUUUUUUUUUUUGUGUUACUAUAGUAUAUAGGAACUAGGAACAUAUAUUUUCUUUAUAAAAUUGACUAGAUUUUUGCUUAUGUAAAUAUUUCAUACUAGAGGUGGCCUGAAUAAAGUUUUAGUGGUUCACUGAACCAUCAGAUAUUGGGGAUUAGUGAGUACUGAUUGUUUGAAUGUUGACAUGAGUUGACAACUAAGUUCAUUAAAAAUUUUAAUGAUUUAAUUUUAUACUCAUGCUGUUAGCAUCUUAUAAUAAUUAUUAGAAACAAAAAAUGGUUAUAAUCAGUAAAAUAGUUGUUACUAACCUUGCAUUAUGCACCUUAUAUUUGUACUAUUGAUUAUUAUGGUUUUUAAUAAUUGUGUUUUCUUUUUUUUCUUUUAAUAAAUAAAAUGGGUAGUAUAGAAUAAUAAAUAUAUAUUGUAUGGGUUGUAUUAUACUUGCGGGGUGGAUUGAGGGGAGGGUUUAUAAUUUUAUACUACUUAAACCAACAAAUGAAAUAUUUCAAGCCACCUCUGCUUCAUACUUUCAUAGUUACGUUAUGUCUUUUAUAAUAUGCCCCUAGAAAAAAAGAUAUUAAAGAUAUAGAAAACUAAAAGUAUUUAUAGAUAUUAUUAGGUCUAACCCUUAUAGGUAGGUACUUAUGUAAUAAUUAAUAAUAUAGUAGAUUAUAGCUUUUAUCAUUUUUAUUAAAUAUUAUAAAGGUACUUACCUAAAUCUAAGUUAGAAAUACACUUUGUCGCAUGCAGUGUAUUUUGAGUUCUAUCUUGCUUCUUUUUGAAUAUGAUAAUUAAAUUUCAAUUAAUCUUUCGCUAAGGAAAUCAUUUUAUUAAACAAAAAUAAAGAUUAAAGAUUUUGAGGAGGGAAAACGAUAAAUAGAACAUUCCUUGAAUGCAAUUUUAAAUACAUUAAAAUAUGAUAAUUUAAAAAUAUUUAUACUAAUUUUUCAUUUAGAAAUAUUAACAUUAAACUAAGAUGUAGUAAACAAUUAAUGUUGUAAUUAUCUUCUUUUUUUGUACCUUUUUUAUUUUCUUGUUUUUUUUUUUUUUACUUCUCACCAAUGUGUUCAAUGAGCAUAGCAUAUAUUUUAUAAUUAUAUUAAAACAAUUAUUUUAUCAUAUUUUUGUACUUUCCAUCAAAUAGGUACCUAAAGAUUAUAUAACCAAAGACUUAUUUGAAAUAAUUAGUUUAUAUGCAAUACCAAAGAGACAAUUAAAAAACCGUAUGAUCACUAUGUAAGUUUGACUUUUCCAAAUAUUAAAUGUUUUUAAUUUAUGUAAUAUAUUGAAUAAUUUGUUAAAGGACAUCAAAUGUAACAAAAAUUUUGGGUUAUCCAAUAAGAAUUAGUGACAAAAAAUAUCAACGUAAUGCAUAUUAUUUUAAUCUAUGUAUUGUUUGCGAUCAUUUAUCACAUACUUUGCAAUACCAACCUAUAGUAAAAAAAUUAUUGAAUUUCAUUGUAUGUAUAUUUAUUUUUAAUUUUAUUUAGAGCUUGCACAAAAGUUUAUUUUGGAAAGGAGGUGUGAUUCUUUCUCCACUCUUUAAUUAACUUAUAUUUACUAGUUAUCAUGCACGGCUUUGAACGGAAAAAAAUGUAUUAAAUAUAAAAAUACAUGUAUUUUUCUGAAAUUUUUACUUCUAAAGGUAUAUUUUUGCAUAUGAUAAUCAUAUUAUCUAAUAAUAAGUAUUAUUUUUUCAUCUGUGUUGUCCAAUUAAUGUAUAAAUCAAAUAUACCAACUGUAUAGUAAUCAUAAAAAAAGUUAAUAAUAAAGAUAAAUUAAAAAAUGAAUGUAUUUGAGAUUAAUUUGAAUCUGAGACUGCUAGUUUAGAAUGUAGUGUGAAUGGUACUGUGUCAAUGUAUUUAUAGUGCACAAUGGUAAUUUUUAGCAUAUUUAAAUUAUACAGACAUUAAAGCUCUUCCCCCCUAUUCCCUCGGAUUAAAUUUUUUUAAAUUGGUCUAUAUUCUUUCUCAAUUUUUUUUUAAUUCAGACUGGUAAUUCCUGAGAUUAAUCCGGUCAGACAUUUCAAUUUUAGUUAGAUCAUUUUUUUUUCUUCAUAUGUUCUAUGCAAUAAAGAAUAAGUGAUUGUUCAGAAAUUACAUGAAUUGGUAAAAGCUUGGGAGGAGAAACUGACCACUGUUAACACUCCAACUAACCACUGCAUUAUUAAAUUAAGGAUUGGUGAUCAAGGGUCCAUUUAUUUUAAUUUGUCUUUAACAUACCACUUUCCAUCAUUAUUCAUUUGUGUAAGUUCUGAUUUUGUCCAAAAUAAUUAAAAUCCAGUAUAUACAUUUAUUUAUAGAGAAACUUAGAAAUAGAAAGGAAUUUUCUUUCCAAUAGUGAUCAAUCUGAUGAUUCUCAAGAACAACUAUUUUGUAUGUUGAAUAAAGUAAUGCAAGAUUUGAACAAGGAUAAUACAUGUAUUUUAACAGGUACCAUUCAACUAAAGUUUAAAAUAAAAAUGUAACUGUUUUUUUAUAGGUUAGGUUUGUUGUUUUUUUUAAGAGAAUAUAAAAUUAGUUAACAUCAAAUAGGGUUUGAUAAAUUAAAUAAUAUAUUUAAACAUUAUAGCCAAUAGAUUUAAAGUUUUAUUUUUACGUCUGUAUAGUAACAUACUAAUGUUACUUGAAGAAUUAAUAAAAAUAUUUUAUGAUUUUUUGUAUAAGUUAUAGUAUUAUAUUCUAUACAAUGAAAUGUACAAUAUAUAUAUACAUUAUAUUUAACAAUAACGACAAUAAUUAUUAAUUCUAUAUAGUUUGCGGUGCAGUAAUUUAUUUAAAUGUUAUCAAAGUUUCACCUGAUCCACUAAUUCCAUUGAAUUUUGAUGUCCCUGUAUUAUUGUCUCCAAUAAAUCAUUCUGAACAUCAAUGGGAUUUAGUAACUGAACGAGUAAGACCAAAAUUAUUUUGUUAAACUUUUAUAUUUAAAUUAUGUAUUGUGUUUCUAUUAUUUAAUACUAAUUUUGGCUCACAGAUAUCUCCUUAUAUUAAUGGUGUUAACCAUGUGUCAAGAAUUGUUGAACUUUCCAAAUUGAGUAUUGAAAUAGUUACUGCGUGUAUUCAAAAUCUAAUGUAAUCUAUUUAUUUAAAUUUUCCAAAUUUUAAUAUUACUUACAUAUUAAACAAAAUAAUUGUUGGAUAAUCACUUAAUUGUAAUAUUUAAUUUUAGUUACUGUAAUGCUGUUUCAUUAGUAGACUUAUUUCGUUAUAGUAACAUGUACAUAUGUACUACUCAAAUUGUACAAUUUGUCAAAAAUAAAAGUCGCCAUCAAGAAGCAAUCAAUUUUAUUUCAGCUGCAAGUUUGUUAAUUGUUAUUUAUUAGUUAUCUAUUUAAUUUAUGAAAAUACAGUUAUUAAUAUAUAGGUUAUUAUAUUUUAUUUUAUUAGAUGCACCAAAAGCAAAGUUUAAAGACAUCUUCAGCAUGUAUAGUGCAAUGAAACGAGGAGCUCGAUAUAUUGAUAUCUGUUUAAGCUUUAAUCCAAGAAAACUAAAUAUUAAUGAAAGAAAUUUAGUGUUAUAUGGUUUGUCCAAUGGCUAUAUUCGCCAAUUAAGAAAGGUAAGAAUUGAUUCAGAUUGAUACAAGUUAAUUUGUAAAAGUUUCAUCAUUGGAAUUUUGUGCGGUUAGGUAUCUGAUUUAUUGACAACUGGGUGGUAAACAAUGUAAAUCAAUUAAAUUUGUUUUUAUAUAUUUGUUUGAUAUAUCUGAAAAUAUUUUAACCGACCAUGCCAUUGUUUCAACUGAACAUAUUCAGCUGGUAAAUAUUAUCGCUGAAACAUAUAUUGUAUGUAUUAUAUAUGUUUCAUCCACUUAGUGUUAUUGUAUUUUUCACGAAAUGUAUUUUCAUUUUAUGAAUUACAAUCAUAUUGCAUAAGUCAAAUUUAAGUUCAUGAAAUGGAAAAAUAUUUUAUCAAUUUUGUGAAAUUUUAGUAAAUACUUAUUAUUACAAAUAUCGCCCAGAAAACUACCGACCAAUAGCACUACUCAGCGCGUGNGGAUACACUAUAAUCGGUGCCACAUACCACCGCUCACACGGGAUAGCAACUUACGUCCGAAAUAACCUAGAAGAGGUCAAGCUUGAAAGCGUAUCAACCCUACACGACAUCCAUAUCGUCAAAGUCAAUGUCGGACAGACCACAAUUAUUAACGUGUAUAAACCACCAACUAUUAUAUGGCCAGACUGCGUCCUAGGAAACAUCUCCCAUCCAACAAUAGUCAUUGGUGACUUUAACAGCCACCACGUGACUUGGAAGUAUUCCAGCAACAACAUAAACGGAGAGAUGCUCGCAUCAUGAGCUGAAACUAACAAUGCCCAUUUAGUUUUUGAUGCUAAAUCAAAAGGCACAUUUAAGUCAGGUAGAUGGAAUAGAGAGUAUAAUCCCGAUCUCUGCUUUGUUUCAUUAACAACAAAUAACUUACCCAUGGCAGCCAGCCGAACAGCUAUGAACGACUUCCCAAAUCGUCAACACCGACCUAUCCUAAUUGAAAUCGAGCUCCAAAUCCCACUAAUUAACUCCACUCCUUACCCCAGAUGGAACUUUAACAAAACUGCAUGGGAAAACUAUGCAAAUGAACUAGACAAAUACAUCCGGUUUAUCCCACCUAAACGUUCGAACUACAAUAGAUUUUCGGGACUCAUUAUUGCUAUUGCUAAAAAACACAUGCCAAGAGGCUAUAGGAAAGUAUACGUCCCUGGCUGGAACGAUAUAGGUUUUCGCUACCUAUAUCGAGAAUAUAUGAACGGAAAUAUAGAUGUGGCGGACGAUCUUCUAAUCAUCCUUGAUAAAUCCAGGAAGAAAAAAUGGAAUAAAACAAUAACAGCCCUGGAUUUUAGACACUCUAGUAGGAAAACAUGGAGCUUACUCAAGAUAUUGGGAGAUAAACAAUACACUAGACGAAAGGAUACAUCAAUCUCACCUAACCAAGUUGCUAACCACAUAGUAAAUGUAUCGAAAAUGCCUUCGAGCAAGAGACACACAACAUAGAUAAGAAAACGCCCUACUGACCUUAAAAAAUAAUGCACCCAAAUCCACGAAUUGUCUGCCCCUUAUUUAGAAGCGGAAAUUACCACAGCUCUAAAGGACCUAAAACCUNGAAGUAAACAACACACUAGACGAAAGGAUACAUCAAUCUCACCGAACCAAGUUGCUAACCACAUAGUAAAUGUAUCGAGAAUGCCUUAGAGCAAGAGGCACACAACUCAGAUAAGAAAACGCUUUACUGACCUUAAAAAAUAAUGCACCUAAAUCCACGAACUGUCUGCCCCUUACUCAGAAGUGGAAAUUACCACAGCUCUAAAGGACCUAAACCCCGGGAAGGCUGCAGGGCCAGAUGGGAUGCACCCAGAAUUUCUGAUAAACUGUGGUUCUAACACCAGAAAAUGGCUAUCUAAAUUUUACAAUGACAUUCAACAAUCUGGGACACUGCCUCCAGAACUUAGAAAAUCUAAAAUAAUUGCUAUCGUCAAACCCGGGAAAUCAAACGAUCGCCCAGAAUACUACCGACCAAUAGUACUACUCAGCGCGUGCUAUAAACUACUGGAGAGAAUAAUAUACAACCGAAUAAGCCCAAUUAUACUAAAUACCAUCCCGGUAGAACAAGCCGGGUUCAGGCCAGGCCGAAGCUGUUCCGAUCAAAUCCUCUCAUUGACCGUUUAUAUUGAAGCAUUCUUUCAAAACCGUCUAAAAACUGCAGCGGUAUUUAUCGACCUAACAGCUGCUUACGACACCGUCUGGAGACACGGUCUGUUGUACAAACUUCUUCAUACUAUUCGCUGCCGAAACACUGCCCAGCUAAUCAACACUAUACUUAAUAAUAGAUCAUUUAAAGUUCGUAUGAAUGAUACAAUUAGCAACUCCAGAACAUUAAAUAACGGCCUAGCGCAAGGCUCGGUACUAGCACCUCUAUUAUUUAAUGUCUAUAUAGCCGACCUCCCAAUGACUCACUCCAUUAAAUUCGCAUACGCUGACGACCUAGCUAUCGUAACUCAACACAUAGACCUCAAUGAAACUGAAAGAAUACUCACAGACGAACUCAUCACUCUAGGUAACUUCUUUCAUGUCUGGAGAUUAAAACCUAACACCAGCAAAACAGAAACGUCUUGUUUCCACCUCAACAAUAAACUUGCUAGCGCUCAACUAAACAUAACUUUCAAUGGAGAUGCUCUUAACCACAAUUUCCACCCCAAAUACCUCGGCAUAACAUUGGAUCGUACACUCUCCUUCAAAACUCACCUCGAAAAUACCGCUGCCAAACUCAGCUCUAGAAAUAAUAUAAUACAUAAACUCUUUGGUACAUCUUGGGGCGCUUCGGCUCACACCCUGCGAUGUUCGGCUCUUGGUUUGGUCUACCCAGUAGCUGAAUACUGUUCAUCCGUCUGGUUAAACAGCGCUCACAUGUCAAAAAUAGACACCCAACUCAACACUCCUAUGAGACUAAUAUCUGGUACAAUAAAAUCGGCACCUACCCACUGGCUCCCGACAUUAACAGCAAUUGCCCCCCCACCACUCCGCAGAGCGUACGCCUUAGUUAAAGAGUUCUCAAAAAUAAAUCUCAAUCACGAACUACCCAUUAAUAAUUUUAUUGGUGAUGCGACCAAAACACGAUUAAAAUCCAGAAACCCCCCAUCAAAAACAGCCAAGGACCUAAUCAACGCAAACUUUGAUAUGAUGAUGAAAUGGAAACAAAUGUGGGCAGCUAUGGUAGAGAAUGAUAACAUCCUAGACAACAUAUUACCAGGACAUAUNAAUAAAUAAAUUACAAAUAUGACUGUUAUGGCAACAACUGUUACACUUGACAAAAGCUUUAAAACAAGCACAUAAUUUUGUUUCACAUUGAUGUUUACAAAUAAAACUUAAAAAAAAUUGUCCCCCAGAAAUAUGUAUUUUUAUAUUGGCAGUAAACGGUAAGGUCGAUUUUGGCAGAAAAGUGAAUUACCCAUUUUAACGACUACUUUGAUUGCUAAAAUAUCUUCAAUCAUCAAUUGAACCUCAUUUUUGGUUGGUGGUUUUUUUUUUUUAGAUUUGUCUACACAGUAAGUAUUCAAUUUUUCAUAAAAUUCAGAAAAUGAAUCAAAUUCCAUUUUAUCUAAAAUAAUUAUUUCCUAAUGAAUGGUGAUUGCUCGCAUCAAUUCAGAAGACAUACUAGCAUCAUAUAAAAAUAAUAUAAAACUUUUCCAGGAUGCUGUAUUACACUCAUACAAUUGAUGCAACCAUUUAUUGAUAACAUAAUUUUUUUUUUAGUAUUUAGGCCCUUUGCUGUCAAUAUUAAAUUCUUCCAUUCCUUUCUAUUACACGCAUAGUUCAUGUCUUUAUUACAAUCUGGUCUCAGCUCCUUUAUAUACUUUGGUCUACCACGUGGUCUUUUACUGUUUAAUUUGUUUACAAGUACUGUCUUAAUAAUAUUGUUGUAUCGAUAAUAUUAUCAUAAUAAUACGGUUUUACAUACCUACUAAGUAUCUUAAUUCCUACAAUUUAGAAAUAUGAUUCGUGUAAUUGUCAAUGUUAUUAUUUCGAUUUUACAAAAAGUAACCAAUUUCUGUAAUUAACUUAAAAUAUUACACAAAGUGUAAAAUAAGAGUUCCCAUUUCAUAAAAUGAAUAAAAUAUAUGUUCAUUGCAAAAAAAUUAAUUUGACUUACACAAUGUGAUCAUAGCUCAUGAAAUGGAUAUCCAUUUUAUGAAAAAUACGAUUACACUAAGCGGAUGCAACAUACACAUUGUUCAAAUCGUAUUUUAAUUUACAAAUAAUUUUACACUCUGAGCCAAUCGAGAAAUUUAUUAGUUAUAUAAUAUUUAUAUCUAUUUUAUAUUACAUAUAAAAUCAAUAAUUUGAUUAUAUUUAUAAACAAAUUUUACCUGAAUAUUGCUUUAAAUAUCCAUAUCAAUGGAGUUUGGUUUUUUUUAAAUUUAAUCUUAUAACUAUACAAACAUUUAUUUUAUUUUAGUAUCCUGUUCUAUUAAAAUCGAGUGAUGUGAACAAAACAAUAUUGGGGAACUAUUUUAAUGGACGCAAUUCACUCAAUAUAAUUAGCUGUUACAGUCGUUCAAAUGUUUAUACUUUGGAUCUUGCUAUUGAAAGGGAUAAACGAAUAGUAUCUGUGUGGAAAUAGUGUAUAAUUAGUUAUUGUUUAAAGAAUUCAUAUGUAUAAUUAAAGA